UGUGUUCAGUGACAAUGGUUUUCCGAAGUUCAGUCAGUUUUGUUUUGUUAUUAUUUGCGUUCUAACUGAAAUUCUUUUGCUUUCUGUUCUGUAAACAGUUGUGUAGACUGGUGUGGGCUCCUGUUAUAUCUCCACCAUGUCUGUGCGGGAGGCUUUUAACCCAGAGAGCUACGAGCUGGACAAAAACUUCAGGCUAACACGCUUCACAGAGUUGAAAGGUACGGGCUGUAAAGUUCCUCAAGAUGUGCUACAGAAACUACUGGAGGCAUUAAAUGAAAACCAUUAUCAGGAGGAUGAGCAGUUCCUAGGCGCUGUAAUGCCCAGACUGGGAAUCGGCAUGGACACGUGUGUAAUUCCUUUAAGACACGGAGGGCUUUCAUUAGUGCAGACCACAGAUUAUAUCUACCCCAUAGUAGAUGACCCAUACAUGAUGGGCAGAAUUGCUUGUGCCAAUGUGUUAAGCGACCUGUAUGCCAUGGGAGUGACGGAGUGCGAUAAUAUGUUGAUGCUGUUGGGUGUUAGUAAUAAACUCUCAGAAAAGGAGCGGGAUAAAGUGAUGCCGUUGAUCAUUCAGGGUUUUAAGGAUGCAGCAGAAGAAGCAGGCACCUCCGUGACCGGUGGCCAGACCGUUUUAAACCCCUGGAUUGUACUGGGGGGCGUGGCCACAACAGUGUGCCAACCGAACGAGUUCAUCAUGCCAGAUAAUGCCGUGCCAGGUGAUGUGCUGGUUCUUACCAAACCUCUCGGUACUCAAGUAGCGGUAGCAGUGCACCAGUGGCUGGACAUCCCGGAGAAAUGGAACAAGAUUAAGUUAGUAGUGACUCAGGAGGACGUGGAACUAGCCUAUCACGAGGCCAUGAUGAACAUGGCUAGACUCAACAGAACAGCGGCAGGUCUGAUGCACACGUUUAACGCACAUGCUGCUACAGACAUCACGGGCUUCGGGAUCUUGGGUCACGCUCAGAAUCUGGCCCGACAGCAGCGAAGUGAGGUCUCGUUCGUCAUCCACAACCUACCCGUCCUCGCCAAGAUGGCCGCCGUCAGCAAAGCCUGCGGGAACAUGUUCGGACUCAUGCACGGCACCUGCCCGGAGACCUCAGGCGGCCUGCUGAUCUGUCUUCCCCGAGAGCAAGCUGCUCGCUUCUGCGCCGAGAUCAAGUCCCCCAAAUACGGCGAGGGCCACCAGGCCUGGAUCAUCGGCAUCGUAGAAAAGGGAAACCGCACGGCCCGCAUCAUCGACAAGCCCCGCAUCAUCGAGGUGGCUCCACAAGUGGCCACGCAAAACGUCACCACCACGCCCGGAACUACGUCCUAAUUCGAAGCCGAUCCCGGCCUGAACACUUAGCGUGCUUUAGCACCACCCGAGAGUAGAAAACGCCACCUGCCCUCCCAAGGCCUUACAGCAGAUACUACACGGACACACUUCAGAGUUCGAGUUUUAGAAAGAGAAAAGGAACGACCUGUAAAACCAUUCAUUGCUUUUUGAGUUAACUGUUUUCUGUUACCGAAGGUUCCACAAGCCCCCAGUGUUAUGGCAGCUUCUACAGUAAAUUAAGUCUAAUCAGAAUCGGACCCUGUUGAGUCAUUAAGCUCCUUUUAGAAACAAAUUGUGUCCCGAUUCACCCAGCAUAUGCACACUGACAUGUAAAUUGUAGCGAUAUAUAAAUAUUGUUUUGCUUUUUUACGCUCUUUGCUAGCAGUUCUUUCGACUAUAGCCAUCCUGAGCAAUAGCAAAUGUUAAAAAGGCGAUCCUAUAUGUUUUUUACUUUUGUAUUCUACUCCCCUUAAUCAACUUAAAUAAAAAUGAUGCUUCCCUGAUUUUCAACAGGCUGAAUGAAUCCCGAUUUCAAGGUGGCUACUUUUUACGGUUGUGUGUCGACCCGUCGUCGAAGAAUGUAAACGGUGCGGGGUGCAGCUUCUAUAUUGUAUCAUAUUCACUGUUUCAUACAGACAUCAUUCGAUUCUUCUGUGAUAGUUACGUUUUUAUAUUCUGCUAUGAAGACCCCGUUAUUAUUCUUAUGUUCUCUUACUGAUUAACCGUUUACUUUUAUGGCCCCUAAAUAAAAGAGAUCUUUUUUAUGUUCUUGAAA